CAGAUACCUCCUGGAACUGGAGUCAGAGGCUGCUUGGCACCACCGGGAAUUGAUCUGUCCUCUGCAACAGCAGCCGGUGGUCCUAACCACUGAGCACACCUUGGGUUUUCCAUUUUGGAUUCCUUGUGUCGACUAUUGUUCCCCUUCGCUUGCCUUUACCAAGGCUUUUCGUGCCUUAAUAUUUCCUGUCUUCCUUCAGCCAGUCGGAUUCUGAAGCAGCUGACAUGAGAAAACGGCAGCAGUCACAAAAUGAAGGCACGCAGGCUGUGUCUCAAGCGCCCGGAAACCAAAGGCCCAACAACACCUGCUGCUUCUGCUGGUGCUGCUGCUGCAGCUGCUCCUGCCUCACUGUCAGGAAUGAGGAAAGAGGAGACUCUUCGGGGAGACCCCCACACACCACCAAAAUGGAGAGCAUCCAGGUCCUGGAGGAAUGCCAAAACCCCACUGCAGAUGAAGUCUUGUCCUGGUCUCAGAAUUUUGACAAGAUGAUGAAGGCUCCUGCAGGAAGAAACCUUUUCCGAGAGUUCCUCCGAACAGAAUACAGCGAGGAGAACCUACUCUUCUGGCUGGCCUGUGAAGACUUAAAGAAGGAGCAGAACAAGAAAGCCGUUGAAGAAAAGGCCAGGAUGAUAUAUGAGGAUUACAUUUCUAUACUGUCACCGAAAGAGGUCAGCCUCGAUUCUCGAGUUAGAGAGGUGAUCAACAGGAAUCUGCUGGAGCCCAGCCCUCACAUGUACGAAGAUGCCCAGCUUCAGAUCUACACCCUAAUGCACAGAGAUUCUUUCCCAAGAUUCUUGAACUCGCAGAUCUACAAAGCCUUUGUCGAAAGUACUGCCAGCUCCACUUCUGAAUCUUAAUUUUCAUUUGAAAGGCCAAAAAAAAAAAAAAAUCAUUUCAGAGGGCUGGGAUGGGAAAUAAAAGUAAUUAAAUAACAUCAGAAAUCGAGUUCCUGAAAAAAACAAUAGGUUGGCUGCUGGGAAAAAACAACUGGGAAAGUCGUUUGUCUCUAUUUUUAUCAAGGUUAUCCAUGAUUCUGUUAGGGGGUAAAAAGCCUGUGUAAGAAAAUGAGUUGCCAAAUUGAGUUUGUUUGAUUCAAUACUUGCUCUCCUUGCAAGCGAACUAUGUUCCUAGUCCUCUGAACAAUCCCCUAGUGCAUCUCUAGAGGCCGCAUGUGCAAAGUAAAACCGCUUCGUCUGCCCUUUACUUGUGCCAUUAAGUCAGUAGCAUACCUUGUAUCUGUAUUUAAGGACUUCUGUGCAAUAUGGUCUCUUAGAAACAAUUGCCAACAAAUUGGCUGUGGUUUGCAUUUUUUAAGCAUAAUCUGAUACACACAAAGGCUAUUUUAAACAUGUAACAGUGAUAUUUAACCACGCUACAUACUAUGUUUAGUACAUGGACUCUGAAGCCAAUUUUUCUGUACAUGUUAAAAAAAAAAGUGGCCAUUGAAGGACCUUAUUGUGUGAGACCUCUGGUUGUUCACUGCCCACAUUCUGACAUUUUUGUUACAGAAGAGUUUGCUAUAUAUAUAUUUUAAAAGAAAGAAAAGAGAGAAAAAGAAAGAAAACAAAAAUAGUUAACAAUGAUAAGAAAAAUUUUAAAAAGCACAAAACAAUCUGCAGAUAUCCUGUCUCGUUGAAAAUUCCAAGAAGGAUACUGUUUUUAGGUCUAAAAGAAAGAAAAGAGUCUAUGUAUAUAUCAGAUGUCCAAUAGUGUAAUUAAUUUAUCAAAGAAAGGCUCUUCAGUUCUAAAAGCGUUGCAUAAACCUAUGACUGUCAGCAGGUAAACAAUAAUAAGUUCAGUAACCCAGUUUGGGAAUAGAACGGGAAGGGUAAUAAAGAAAUGCCUACAUGUAGCACUGUAAAAGUCACCUUUGAGGAGUCGCCUCUGUGUGGCGCGCUCACCUUGAAUGUGUAAUUCAGUGAAAAGCUUGAGUUUUUCCUAAGCAACAUUUUACAAGGGAUUAUAGAGAAGAAAGCCUUCGAUGUCAGACCUUAACUGUUUUCACCGUAGUCUCUCAAGAAAGACUUAUUUUUAACAUUGUUAAAAUCAAACUACCAACCCUCGUCCGUAACUAGAAGGCAGUGCAGUGCUCAAUCCUUUUAGCUGCCAAUAUUAUUUUUUAUAAUUACAUUAACUCUUUACACGGAUACUCACCUGACCAUGGCAUGCAUUUCUGACCUUCAGAACAGUAUCGUCUUGUGCACAAAACCAAAAUUACAAUCAAUGUCAUAUUUAUAUCAAGGUCCUACCUUUCAAUAUCAAAAUCCCCUGGAGACUAUUUUUUUAAUCUUAAACUCAAUGAAUAUAUGUUGAGUAACCUUUAAAAAAUGAAAGAUUUAAAAAGAUUUAUAACCACUGAGAAUACUGGCCUUAUAUUAAGGAUGAUAUUAAAAUUAUAGGUUUUAUUUGUCAUUUUUAA